AUGAACGCCAGAAUCCCCCGUCCCAACGAUGAAUCUCCAUCCACUUCGCCAUAGCUGCAUUUGUCCUUGCUCCCGCUUUUAGGUACCCACGUUUGCGUUGUAGCGCGGUGUAAUUUCAGACGUGGAAGUGGAGGCUGCGGAUCUAGCUGCUGCACUGAUUGGCCACAGACUUUGUGUGGCUGCGUUGGCGCUUUGUCAUUUAUUCGAGUGCACCUGCAAUUCUUUUGACUGGAGCAGGUUUUCAGAUUUGUGGCGAGUUGAGAGAGAGAGAGAGAGAGAGAGAGAGAGAGCGAGAGAGAGAGCGGGGAAGCUGAUGAGUUGUUGUCCGGGAGUUUGAAGUAUUUCGAUUUUAGUGUCUGGGAGGAUUUCGUGUUUGUGAUUGUGAGGGGAAUGUGGUAAGAAAGAGCGGUGUUGUCGGUAAUCGUCGUGGGUUUCAUCUAUUUGGGCUGUGAGAAGGUUGGGGAGAGUGCGUCUGUGUGGUGAAUUGGUGGGUUUGAUUUGAGGAGAGUGAGUUGAGUAGGAGUUUUUGAUGGAGGGUGCAGCCGCUGGGUUGGGCUCAACAUCUGUGGGGCGGAGCUCGCAACCCGGCAGGUCGUACCUCUUCUGCCAUAUUGAAUCGAACGCGAGAAGCAGCGCCUUGCUUGCCGGCUCAACAGCCAUGGCAUGUGGAAUCAAGUGCCAUCAUUGGCAGAAUCGUGUGACAUCCUCCGAAGUUAUUUCUGUGGCGUCCGGGGUUCGUUCGAUUGCUCGUAAAAUGCAGCAAAGGUGUUUUAAGAAAGGUGCAGCUGGGGAGGCAUUCUCGAAUAUUUCUUCCCAACUGGGGUGUGGACGGGAGAGUUUGGAGCGCCCGAGGAGCCAGACUACUAGGUUGGCCAAGAAGAAGCAGAAUGCUUGGAGCAGAGGAGGCGUCCGGGUCCGGGCAGAUGCCGUGGUCCAGCAGUCCGCAGGAUCCGAUGAGACUACUGGCAACAGGCUUGUAGAGAACGGAGUUGCAACGUUAGUGACCCUGAAAGCUGUAAUUGAUGAAAAGAGCGGUGCCCUCCUCUUAAAAGAAGAGCUGACCAAGGAAAAGAAUGACACAACACACGCGUCGAAAUCAAAGGGUGGCGACGCUAAACCGAAGCUGCGGAAACUGAAGCCGUCCAAAAUAGAUGAUCUUCCCGUCGAGCUACGUCAGCCUCCCAUGAAUGGGAACGUGGUUAUGCCACCGCAGAAACAAGAAGGACUAGAAGCUGAUGUUGCAGGGAUUGGAGUAGAUACGCUGGUUGCAGCUGAUUCGGUUUACAACAAAGAGCUAAGUUGGCUUGCUUUCAACUGGCGGGUCCUUCACAUGGCGCUUGAUGUUCGCACACCGCUCCUUGAGCGAUUGCGGUUCUUGGCUAUUUCUGCACGCAAUUUAGACGAGUUUUUCUGUAAGCGUAUUGGAGCACUGAAGAGGCAAGAAGCUGCUGGUGUUGAGAAUCUGAUCAACGUCCAAUCACGAAUGGCCUGGACUCCGCAACAACAGCUGAAACAUGUUGCCAAAGAAGUUCGGUUGAUGGUGGACACGCAGAUUGCUUGCCUGACUGAGGAAGUUUUGCCAGCUCUCAAAAAGAAUGGGUUUAAUCUGGUUGAUUAUGAAGAGCUUCAUUUACAUGAGAAGGACCAGCUUAGACUCUACUUCAAAUCAUCCUUAGAGCCCAUCCUGACGCCGCUGGCAGUAGAUCCGGGACACCCAUUUCCCUAUAUUGGUAACUUGACAUCAAGCAUUGCUGUGGUGCUCAGAGAUCCUUACGAUGAUGCAGUGCAAUUUGCGAUAGUUUCUGUGCCUUCUGGAUUGGAGCGGUGGAAGAGCUUGGCAUUUUCUAAAAAUGACGAAUACAACAUGAAUACAUUUGUGUCACUUGAAGACAUCAUCAUAAACAACUUGGAUCUUCUUUUUGGUGGAAUGGAGAUCAUGUCUGCACAUGUGUUCCGGACAACGCGAAAUGCAGAUGUUGCUCGGAACGAGGAAGAAGCUGAGGACCUUCUAGAGAUGAUAACUGAUGAGAUGAGAGAGCUUAGGUUUGCUCCUUUUGUACGACUGGAAGUGGACUGCAAGAUGCCUCUAGAAGUUGUGCAACGAUUGACCAUGGAGCUGGGUCUUAGUGAUAAAGAUGAUGUCUACGCUAUCUGUGGGCCAAUGGCACUGGGAGAGUUGGAUUCAUUAGUAGGCAAAUGUAAUUUGACUUCACCACUUGUUUACACUCUAUGGACUUCGAAGACCCAUCCUCGAUUACAAGGGGCUGAUGUUUUUGAAGUUAUUAAGAAAGGGGAUAUCUUGCUCCAUCAUCCUUACCACAGCUUUGUAACAAGUACGCAACAUUUUGUAGAAGCAGCUGCAAACGACCCAAAGGUGGCAGCCAUCAAGGCCACUCUAUAUCGUACUAAUAACGACAGUCCCGUGAUCUCUGCUCUAGCGAAAGCCGCUGAAGCUGGAAAGCAGGUGGCGGUGUUGGUGGAGUUAAAAGCUCGAUUUGAUGAAGUUCGAAAUAUGGGAUUCGCUCAAAAAUUGGAGGAUGCUGGUUGUAACGUUGCUUAUGGGUUAGUGGGACUCAAAACACACUGUAAAUGUAUUAUGGUAGUGCGCAAGGAGGACGAUGGACUCAGAACAUAUGUCCAUAUAGGGACGGGGAAUUACAAUCCUCGCACUGCAUCAGUAUAUACAGACUUCGGCCUGCUCAGCUGCGAUCCUGAUCUGGGGAUGGACGUUGCAGAUCUCUUCAAGUACUUGACUGGUUAUCACAGACAGGUGGCGUAUCGGAAGUUAUUAGUUGCACCAGGAACGAUGCGAAAUGAGUUCAUUUGGCUGAUAGAGAGAGAGAUCGCUAACGCACAAGCUGGAAAGCCUGCAAGCAUCAUCGUUAAAUGCAACGGCCUUGAUGAUCAGGUGAUGGUGACAAAAUUGUAUGAAGCCUCUAAGGCAGGUGUAAAUAUUGACUGUAUUGUCCGGGGCAUGUGCCGCAUCCGCACUGGAAUUCCAAAUGUCAGUGAUAAUAUACGCGUCGUCAGCAUUCUUGGUAGAUUCUUGGAGCAUCAUCGAAUUUUUCGUUUUGAAAAUGGAGGGGAUGCGGAGUACUAUAUGGGCUCGGCCGAUUGGAUGACUCGCAAUCUCACACGUAGAGUUGAAGUUGUGACUCCUGUUGAGGAUGAAGCUCUUCAGAAGGAAUUACAGGAAAUGUUGGAUGCCUGUUUGUGUGAUCGGCGAAAAGCAUGGGAGAUGAGACCCGAUGGACGUUACCAGCUUCUUGGGGUUGGGAACAUGAAGGACCCGCCACGAAAGCAUAUUCCUCAGGUUGCAUCUCCGAAAUUGAUUGCAGCAGUAGAAAGCAUGGGUUUACAUGAGGGCCUUAUGGAGAUUGUUGCGAAGCGCUGCCGGAAAGCUAAAAAGGUGAACCUGAGAAAACAAGAUGGAACCGCUAUGAAACCUAGGCGUCAGCAUGAUAGCAGCUAAGGCAUCAACAGUACCAAGUUCUAAUCUACUCGUCGACACCCUUCCGUGCUGUGGAACAAUCUCAUGUUCGUGCAUUUACACUGACAAGCGCAGCAUAUGCUUCGUGACCUUGUUAUCAAGACAAAAUUCUUGUUGAAUGGUCUCAUCUAAUAUCAAUCGAUAUACACUCCAUCCUAAGCUUUGAAUAUUCACAGCAUAUGAAAAUGAUGGAUCUAUACCACUUGUAAAUCUGAUGAACAGGGACGUAAAUAUUUUUUUUCUUUUUGAGCCAGGAAAACAAGCCUCCACGGAUGUUUCAGAGGGAAUGACAUAGCAACUGCCUAUAUCCACUGUUCGAAUUUGGAAUGCUCGAACAACGACUCUAGGAACUCGGCUUUUUCAUCUCACUGAUAACUUUUCAGUAACAGUGUAGAUCACUUGGUGUGCCAAGGAUACUUAGUAUCUUCAUUUGAAAGAAAUGAAACGGAGUAGUCUUCUCUAUUCUACAGCA